AUCUCCCCCUCCUCCCCUCCCUCCCUGUCCGGCAGGAAGUUUCAGUUCCUUCGCUGAGACUUUUUGGAGGAGACUCGGCGGGCGGCUGAACCCGCGACCAGCCGGAGGAGAUGAGCCGAGCGGCGGACGGCUGGAUUAUUUCCUCCCGCUGUUAACUUUGGAGUAAAAUGCGAGAAAUAAACAACAACAUGCUCACACGGGAAACAUUUACUUUUACGCCAGCUCCGAGUUAAACAACUGCUGAGUUGCGCGUAAAAAAUAAAAAAAAAAAUAAAAACAUCGCAAAAAGGCAUCAUGGCAAAUGUGAAAGUUGCUAUCCGGGUCCGUCCUCCCAACGCAAGGGAGAGUGCGGAUGGAGGAAGGGUAGCCGUACAGGUGGAGGACAAGUUUGUGAGGAUCCGAAAUGUGAAGCUGGAUGGGCGCACAGAUGGAGCUGUGGAUUCAAGGGAGAAGCUUCUGGAGUUUUGUUUUGACUACUGCUACUGGUCUGUGGACCCUGCAGACCCUCACUAUGCCUCACAGGAGGAGGUGUUCCAGGACCUAGGUGUGUCAGUGCUGUCUGGGGCCUCUGAGGGCUACAAUGUGUGUCUGUUUGCUUACGGCCAAACGGGAUCUGGCAAGACAUACACCAUGAUGGGUACUCCGGACUCCAUUGGCCUGACCCCUCGGAUCUGCCAGGGUCUCUUUAGGUCUGAAGACACUUUUCCUGAUGGGCAAAACUCAAGCAGAGUGGAGAUCAGUUUCCUGGAGAUCUAUAACGAGCGAGUGCGAGACCUGCUGAGGCGAGGAGAGCAGAAGAAGAGAGCCUCGCUGAGAGUUAGAGAACACCCUGAUAAAGGACCCUAUGUGCAAGACCUGUCGCAGCAUGUGGUCUCAGAUUGCAAGCAGGCCAUGGACCUUUUGGAGGAAGGCAUUGCCAACCGAAUCACGGCAGCAACCCACAACCAUGAUGCCAGCAGCAGAUCCCACGCCAUCUUCACCAUCCAGUACACACAGGCAAUCCUAGAAAACAACCUUCCCUCUGAAACUGUCAGCAAGAUAAACCUGGUGGACUUGGCUGGGAGUGAACGAGCAGACCCUCACUACUGCAGGGACAGACUGACGGAGGGCUCUAACAUCAACAAGUCCUUGGUCACUUUGGGCAUUGUCAUAUCUGCUCUUGCCCAGAACUCCCAGAUGUCAAGCAGCUGUCAGAGCAUCAACAGUAUGGCUUCUGAGGGCGAUGGCAGCACGGUGGGAAGCCACAGCAGCUCCCUGUCUGGAGGAGGAGGAGGAGGUGGUGGUGGGAGGAGGCAUUGCUUCAUCCCCUACAGGGACUCAGUCCUAACCUGGCUGCUGAAAGACAGCCUGGGCGGCAAUUCGAAGACCAUCAUGAUUGCGACUGUCUCACCCUCUGCUAACAGCUACAAUGAGACCCUGAGCACCCUGCGCUAUGCUGCCCACGCCAGGAAUAUUGUCAACAAGCCUCGGGUUAAUGAGGAUGCCAACGUUCGACUGAUCAGGGAACUGAGGGAGGAGAUUGACAGGCUGAAGAGCAUGCUGCUCAGCUUUGAAAUGCAGCGUAAUCCCAGUCCAUCCCUGAGCGAUGAAAGGGACGGAAAUCUGUCCGACAUCGUGCUACAGAACGAACUAAAGGUGGAGCAACUGACGAAGGACUGGUCGGCGAGCUGGAGAGACAAGAAGGAGCUGCUGGAGCAGUACAGCGUGGACAUCAACAGAGACCGGGCCGGAUUCCUUAUCAACUCCUUCCAACCACACCUGGUCACUCUGGAUGGAGACGUUCUCAGCACCGGGGUCGUUUUCUAUCACCUCAGGGAAGGAGUUACCCACAUUGGACCUCAGGACCAGUUUGAAGAACCACAAAUAGUUCUGCAGGGCGAUGCCAGCUGUGAGAUCGAAAACCACGGAGGUGUGGUAACACUCAGACCACUGCCGGGGUGUGUCUGCCUGUUAAAUGACCGAGAGGUCACCGAGCCCUGCAGACUGGCUCAAGGGACAGUAAUCACCUUGGGAGGAGUGCAUAAGUUCCGCUUCAACCACCCGGCAGAGGCAGCAGUCCUCCGAGAACGCAGACGGGCCAGUGAAGGUGGCAUGAGCUGCACCUACAUUGACCUUUGCCCCAUAACCACUGACCGCAGUGUUGAAGAAGUGACGCUCCAAGGGCGGCUGGGUGCCUGUCCCUCUCCCACUGAGGAGCCUGCCGCCAGGCAGCAUAUGGAGAUGCAGCAGCGCUACGUGGAGAGUUUGCGACAGGAGAUUCAGGCUGAACAAAGACGGGCUGAGAGAGAGCUUGAGAGAGAACAGGCCCACCUACGACAGCAGCACAGUGAGAUCCAGCAGUGGAUUUUGCAGGAGAAACGGCGCCUUUCAACUGCAGAGCAGAAAAUCACCCAAGAGUCUGGAGUUCAAACAGAUCACUUCCCUGCGCCCCUCCUGAAGUGUCUGACAGGUCAGGCAUCCGAGGAUCAGACGGGUCAAACAGUGGAUCGUCCGUCCAUGGUGGUAAGGGCCAGGAAGAAGGCAGUGCAGGAGGAGCUCCUAAAGCAUCACGCCUUUUGCCGUGCAGAGAGCCGCUUUCGUCGGAAAAAGUUGCAUUACCAGCUGGAGAGGAUUGCACGAAAGAGACUUCUGUUGGAAGCUAAGAGGGAAUUGCAACGUUUGGAAGGAGCCCUACCUCCUGGACCAGACAGCCCAGAGUCUCCAGAGUCCCCACCAAAGCUCAGAGGAAGAUCAUUUGUUUCUCGGAGACACUCAUUCUCAGCAGAUAUUUUGUCCCGGCUCUACCCACAGAACACCCCUAUCUUCAGACACUUCCUCAGGAGGAACCGAUCCACAGAUUUGACAUCAAAUUCCUCCACAGCCUCUGAUUCCACUGGCAGUCGGAAGUGGGUGUCUGAGGAGUGUCUUCCUCGGGAAAGAACCCAGAGUUGUUCUGGUACACUCUUCUCUGGACGAAGUCAGGCCGGCCAAAGUAGGGUAAGCUCCUCUGAAAACAUCAGACAAGCUGUCAAAGAGGAGCCCCCAGCUCAGCCCUGCCGGGAACGGCCCGAGAGAAAACCUCUGCUGCCAAACAGAGACCUGUCCUUCAAGAACAGAUCGGGUCAGAACUCCGCAGUUACUCCGAAGUCACCAGUCGGAUCUUCUUUGCUGCCAGUCAGCAAAGAGAAUAUACAAGAACACAAAACUCAACAACCAAAUUCUCAGAUUGCACCUUGCAUUAAUGAGAUAGUUCAACCCCAUGCAGGUAAAAACGGACUAGAAACCAUGAGAAAGACUUUGUCUCGCUGUGUUGGACCAAGGUUAAAAUCAGCUCUGUCCAAAGUGUUCAGGAAACCCCCACUUAGUGCGAAUGGAGGACGAGGCGCCAAACCUCUGGGGAGGAUAGCCAGUAAAUUUCACUGGAGACAAAGAAAAGACAGGAGUCUCAAAGAUGCCAAAAUGUGCCGAGGCAAAAGUGCUAUUAAAACAGCGGUUUCAUGUGAGGAGCUUGACCAAAGGAAUCCAUUUGAGGACAUUGGAAAGAAGCGAUGGCAUAGUACUGAGGCUCUGAUGAACAAAGCUAGCAGAUGGGUUGAGAGACAGCAGGGAUUGAUGGGAUGGGAGGAAGGACAAGAAGAUGGGGAUGAGGUAACGUCAGACUGUGAGAGCCUUUUCUCUCUGGAUUCCUUGUCUUCUGCUUAUGCAACAGCCCUAGCAGAGCAACUGAGACAUGAGGAAGCGGCUCAGAGUGAAGCUGAUAGUGAAGACAGUCAGAUGUCUAAAGAUUCAUUGGCUGUGGAGAGCAGUGGGAAAUCAACAAUGGAGAGACUUAGCCGAACACUGGUGCCAACCUACUCAUUGAUGACAGAUUGCUCCCAUUCAUCCGUGCAGCACAAUAGAACAGCAGAGAUCAGUGAGAAAGCUCUGGUAAUCUCAGCAGAGGAGUAUUGGAGCCAGCAAGCCUCCCUAAACUCAAGAAACAGUGGUGUAACAAGGAAACCGCCUUCCCAAAACCCAGUCGUAGCAGAUUCCAGAGGCAGAGACAUAGUGCACAAAUUAAUUGAGGACUUUGGGAACAUGCAGACGAAUUCGACCAGCAGCCCACGGUCCCUGAGCAGCUGCAGUGGGAGGGAGCCAGAAAAUUUGGUGCUCACCGAUGCCUGGUCCUCCACCGAUGCAGCAGACAGUCCCAGGAUUCACAGGGACUCUCUGUCUUUCCAAAGAAAAGUGAUGUUCAGCAGCAGUCCCAGUCUAACCAGUAUGAAUCUCUCAGACUGUCAUAGCAGAUCGAGAAGCGGCAGCUCAACAUCAACAAGCGAGUGUGUAAAUGUAACAAUGUUGGAACACACUGUGGAAAUUUCAAGAGGCGCAUCGGAAACAUUCGAUUUUCAAGCCUCUCAGAUUCUAACAACACCGGAUGAAGCCCUGAAGGAUGUAGGAUGUCUUGUUGGGCCAUUAGUAGCAAAAAUAGAAAAUGAGGAGAAGGACUUUAUAGUAAUUCCAGACAGCAGCAACAAAAGUCCAAUAACAUCACCGACUUUAGAUCAAACACCUUGUGUCUCAUCAACUGGCAUCCAACCAACUAAAAAACAAGCAUCAAGAGAAACAUUUACUCAGAUGUUCACAGAUGCACAUGAAAUAGUGGUCACUGACGUUACUAUGUCAUCUGACACUGAAAUGUGUACAUCAGGUGGUCAGACAGUGUUGCAUUUCGCUCCAAGUCCUACAAAUCAAGGCCAAGUAUUGAACAAGAUGUGUGACGCUGCAAGUGCCUUGAAACCUUCAACUGAGGACAGAGUACUAUGCAGUUUAGAUGGUGCAACAGAAAAGUUGAUGAAAAUACAGCAAUAUGAGUUUGGUUCUAACACCAAAUAUGUGUCACAUACAAGGGACAAAAUGUCAGAGGAGGUCGAAACCACAGGCACUGAGCAGUUCAUUGAACUACAGAAGGAGCUUGUGAAUUCAGCCUGUAAACAUUCCAGGAAGAGGAACAAAGACCACCAGGAUGCUUUCAAAGGCAGCUUGAAAAUCCCAAAAAGGAGCAACAGCACAGAGUUGGUAGCUUUCUGCUCCACACCAGUUGGCAGCCAGGAAGAUAUUUGGCCUGAUGACAAUAAUAACACCAAUGACUCAAAGGGGGAACAGUCUUCUGUGGAAGCUGACAGCCCUGGAUUAGAUGUUCUUUGUGCUGAUGGAAGAUGUAGACAAGACACUGUGGCUUCAGAGUCGAUGCCAGUUUCCCAUCCCAUGAGCAGGAAAGCUGGACAGAGUUGUCAGAUCUUUGAGGACUCGGGGUGCAGUGAAAGAAGUUCUCAGAGUGGUACCUCUGUUAAAAAGGGAGGUGUAACAAUAAACAAAGUAGCUGCAGAAACAAAAGAAAAGGAUGACCCCGUAAAAGAUCAGGAAUGUGGAAAACACACAUGCAAGUCAGAUGCUAUUUGUAGUGCCAUUGAUCUGAGAAUCUCAGAAGUGGUUAAAGAGCAUAUGAGAUUGUCAUUGCUAGGCAGUGAUGAUGAAAGAAAGAGCAGGAGUCAAAGCAUGAAUGCCUUGUCAUCAUCUUCAUGUCAUACAUGGACAGUAAGAGAGCUGGGAGUUAGAAUGAGUGAUCAGGUGAAAGAUGGAGCAAUACUUAGUCAACAUGUUUCUCUGGAAAGGACGACAAGUGACAAUACAGUGGACAAACAUGAGCACCUGGAAUCAGAUCUGCAAGUUCUGUCGAGUACAAGCCAUCAGAGCAACAUGUUUAAAUCUACUGAAGUAACACAGAAGUUUGACCAUGACGUGACACCAACAAGUCCGGUAAGCGAUCAUUGUGUUUUCCAAACCGUCUCCACCAAAAACACAAUCCAUUCAAAUUUGACUCUUAAAAGCCAUGCAGUAUCUGAGCUUUCUGCUGUACAACCAAUGUGUUUGUCCUUGAGAAGUGAUUCUUCUUCAGCAAGAAAAUUCAUUGAUGCUCAUGGAAACACUGUAGAAAAAGAUGCUUUAUAUCAGGGAAACAAACAAAAUAUAACAUCUCCCACGUGCUUGAAUGAAGUGGAUACCCAGAUCUGUUUUGGGAAUCCUGAUUGCCCAGAACCUCACCAAAAGCUUCACGAAACACCUUCUAUCCUCUGUGAUACAAGAGAAAGAAAGUGUGGCUGUUACAAUGUCAAGGAUGUUGGUAUGGAAGCAACAUCCAACACUGAAGAUAAAGAUGGUGAUGCCUUCAAACAAAACUCACCUAUGAUGAUUAAACAUCGUCCUGACACAUCAGCAGCCAUGAAAUCAUUAUCUGAUAGAGGAAGUCUUGAGUUCAAACAUCACAGACAAAACCAACCAACUGCCACUAUCAAAGGCUGUGCUGAUUCUCCUGGGUGUGAUGGAAAUGGUGAAACAGAUAACACAGGAAACAAACCUUGUAUCACAGCACAGGGUAAGUUCAGCUGUCUACAGACUCAUUCAGAUCACUUGACUCAGACUUGUGUUGUAAAUAUGAAUUACAACAACAAAUGCCAAGAGUUGUUUGACAAAGAUACUAAAAUUGACAAACAAGAUUGUGUCAUGAAAAAUGACAAAGAGACAUCAACCUGCCAAUCUGAGGCACAGGUCCAAAAGAUUACAGAGUCGAAACAUAAAGCAAUUAUUUCUAGUUCUGUGCUGCCAAAAUACAAAGCAACACAUGGAAAUGCCUUCAGAAAUACAAGUUGUUGUGCAUCUGGGUUACACAACACAUCUGAUGAUAAUCCAGACAAUUCUGCUCUUCUGUCGAAAAAGACUAAGUCUAAGAGGUCCAGAAAGUCUAAGAUCCAGACUCAUCCUACCUCAUCCUCUGAGUCGUCUCUCAAAUCAUCCGAUGAGGAUGAGGAGGAUGACAAAACCACCAGAGUGCAUCACAGUCGGUUCUCCUCUAAAUGGGUGAAGCUGGGCACUCAAGAAGUAGGACGGGCUAGAAGCAGCAAUGCAGAUAUUUCUUCUAAAGUGCCUGCGAGCAAGUUUAAAAUGAAGUCUUGUCCUUCAGGAGGUAAAGGUGAAGUUAAAGUUGGUAGAGAUUACACCCAAAAACGAAACUCUUUACCCCCUCAAGCAAUGUCACAAAAGACAAGUGUAGACAAAAACUUCCAGUAUGCAAAGAAAGGUGAACCACAACAUACACAGAAAUCUAAGGACGCAGUUAUGCAUUUUGCCUCCAGUGACAUCAACCCUUUUGUUCACCAGUGGCAAGAUGACGACCCAGAUCAGCACAGUUAUAAGAACCCAGCAUUCGGAAGUGCUGCUGAUCUCUCUUGUAAGUCCCCGCUAUUGAACAGCGCUGAGAAACGGAUAACAAGAUGCUGUAGUGUUGACAAUGGUUUGAACGGGAAAAACUCACCUUUCAACUCCCAUCUAAGCUCUUACGUUACCAACAAGGGGCUCUCCAGUACGCUUAGCAGUAUUGAGGAUUAUAAGGAGCAAGUGAAUGAACAGUCUCACCAGGCAUCUGCUGAGAUUCACAAACAGCUUGCCAAUUUGACAAUGACUGGCAGUUCCUCAAGCAAUGAUGCUCUGGGAGGCUUCAGUAAGAACUCAAGUCAGGUGGAUGAAAUUAUGUUUGUGUACUCAUCUGAGCAAGAGGCCAAGGCGAGCAAAACCCAAAGAAGGAGAAUAUGUGAACAUGGCACUCAAACUGAGCAUUGCCUGCAGGCAGUUAAUAUUGAUAGUGCUCCAAAGAGGAAAGAGCGGCACAAAAGGAGUAACACGGAUGUACCUGCAAGACAGAAAGCCAAAGUGGACAUAAAAGAGUCUCCAACGUGGGCCAGUAUGGAAAGCAUGUCGGCUCACAUCUCAAAACUGAUUGACAGCACUUCAGAUCUGCUGGGGGACGUCCAAGAAAUGAGGACAGGUGAAACCAUCAAGUCCAGCCCGAGGAGGAGUGUCAACUUGAGUGUUAACUCAAAUAUCAGUGUCUCUUAUAGUGAGUCCAAUGACCGCACCAAGAGAGACUGCUCGACUCAAACAGCUGUAGAUGUUGGGAUCCAAACAGAAAGGCCUUCAAGACCAGCAGAGAAGGAAGUUGCGGUUCAUCAGACAUUAAGUGAACGGUCCAGAUCUCAUGAAGUCAGUCUGAUAGUCAAAGUGAUUGGCUCUGAGGUGGUCAGUGUGUCUCAAGACAAGAAUGCACACUGUGUGGUGAAGACUAAGCCUGAUGAGAAGGUGCAAACCACACCUGACCUGAGGAUUAACACCUCAAAGUCUGCCUCACGAUCAGGGAACUGCCCUCUAAAAACACCUCCUCGAAAGACGGUAGGUGAAGGUCAAAGACGUGUAAGAUCUGCUUCUUCUAGAGGCUCAAAGCAAAGCACGCCCCGGGCUCCAGUAUCUGAAAAUCUCAGUUCAAGUUUAAGAAACGACCAAUCGCUUUCUUUAAAGAAACAGGCUAUGUACACAGACCGAGCAUCAUCUCCGAUACGGACUGUGGGCACAAGGUUAUGCAUGAAACAGAGAGGAAAUCAAUCAGCAUUUUGUCCUCAAAAUCAGCAUGAAAAUAAAGACUAUCAUUGUGAGAACGACAGCCUUACUGUGCCUUCUAGCAAACAAUCGGCAUGCUCAAGUGUGUCAGAGGAUAAUCAAAUGUCCACACAGGACUGUGAUGUUUCUUCUAGUAAAUCAGAAUCUGUGUCUCUUGAGAAGGUGAGUGAAAUGAGUGGGUCAAGCUCUAAAGGCUCCGAUAAGUGCCUUAAUUCCUCACUGGAUAGAAAUACGGACCCUGGCAGGAGAAAUGUUACAGAUAAAGACAGGGAUCCCAAAUGGCAGAUGACCUCUCAUCAGUGGAGGACUUCAACAAAAGGUUCAUCUCAGAAUCCCAUCUCGCCCAUAUUAAGUCCGACUGACGUGCACGAACAGCAGGCUGGAGCUAGACAAGGAAAAACAUCAACCUACACAAGACCUGAAGUUGAUUCUGUAGACUUUUGUGUUGAUUCCUACAUAUCGUCCCCGCUCAGCAACACCACCAUUCAUCUUGAAGAGGACGACAUGGUCUCACUGGCACCCAGUGAGUGCAACACGGACAUCCUCGUGAACAUUAAACCUGUCACCAGCGUGUCCCCGUGUCAAGACCACCAAGUAGUCCCAGAGGACCUGCCUGUGCACAACAAGUUCACCAACUGGUCAGGAAUCACCCCUCAGCGAUUAAAACCCACUAACAAACUGGCCACAUUUCUCAGCAAAGACCACGACAGGAGCAGAAACUGUCCUGAGUGGGGUGAGGUGGAGAGUUGCGGCUCGAAUGCUGAGUCCAUGGCACAGAGCAACAGAAGGACGAGAGAGAUUGAGAGGCUGCGUCAGGAGAGGGAGCAGGUGAUGGCGACGGUCAACCUCAACAUGAACCCAACGCCACUGACUGUGGAGCUGACAGAGGCCAAGCUGCAUUACAGCCUUGGAGAGACGGAUACACUGUUGAAGAUGCUGACCCCGAGGUCCAGGGAAGAGCUGGAGCCAACAACCUCUGCAACUACUAAUCAGCAGUUGUAUGAUAGACAUCGCAGGAGUAUUGAGGGUUUGAGGCAGGAGAGGGAGGAACGUCUCCAGACUUACCGGAGAACACGUAGUCUGAGUCCCAGCAAACAUCCUCGCUCCUCUCCACAAGAGGCCGUUUGCACCUCUAAGGUGUCUGCCGCCAUGCCCAGUCGACGUAAAGAGUACCUACAACAGCUCCGCCAAGAGGUGAUAGACAGCACCAGAAUACCAGACCCCCCAAGAGGAGAGGGACAGUAUCCGUCUGACAUUGAGCAGCUGUUGCGAGACUACGGCCGAGCCCGGGAGGAGGCCAUGACAGAGAUUGCGAAGGCGAGAGAACGACUGCGAGAGAGGACGGAGCAGGAGAAGAAGAGGCUUCAGCAGCAGGUUUUGUCUCAGGAAGUCAAGGAUGACCUGCGGCAUCGGACAAGAACCAGUAACAGCACCUUGUGCACCGGAUCCAGCUUGAGCCUUUCCUCUGGACCAACAUCAGGAUAUAACAGUGGCAACACUGCACAGCUGCUGAAUGGCAACAGACCACCUCUAAAUGGACAGGUCGCAGGGUUCCUGGAUGAAGGGCUGAAGGUCAGGACACGUCCUCCGAUAUGUGGCCCUCAAAGUGUGAAGACACACAGAGCCUGGCUGUCUGCCCACGACGUCCGCCUUGAGCCUCCUGUCACCACGUUUGAGCCCCUGAUGACUUCAUCUCCAUCACCCCAAGCUUGUACACGUCAACGCACCGCCUCUUUUGGCUCCUCUUCCUCUAUAUCCACAACCUAUCAGGAUAUCACCUCUAGUCUCCUCGGCAGAGCUCUGGCUGAGGUGCGACUAGCUUCUUCUGGGGAUUUGAGCAACCUGCUAAUGGGCAUGGCCACAGCAGGCUGGAGGUACCAAGGAGAAGAACGAGGUAUCCAGACUUACUACAAGCCCUCCUCCAGCCCAUCUGUCCAUGGCUUUCUGGGGGCCGGGGAGCUGGACAGGCCCCUGGACAGCCUGUGGAACGUGAUCUGCCAGCUGUCCAAGAGCCACAUGUAUAAUCAGUCAGUACGUUCUGUCUGGACACGACCACUAGAUGACAGCACUCAGCUUGUUUACAUAUUAACGGACCCGUCCUCCUGCCACCUCAGCCAGCCGCGGGACUUCUGCUGCAUCAGCACCGAGUCCAAACAGGCUGGCCUGUCCGUGCUGGCGAUGCAAUCUGUGUUUGAGGAGUCUCUGCCUCGUCCCAGCGUGGAUGCGGUCCGAGGGGAGAUGAUGCCCAGCUGCUGGGUCCUGCAGCCAGUCAGACGUGGUGGACAGGAAGUCACCCGAGUCAUCUACCUGCUACAGGUGGACGUAGGAACUCCAUCCUUCCCUCACCGACUGUUGAACACUGUUGCCAGAAGACAGGCAGCUGUCAUCGCUGAUCUUGGCGUUUUCCUCGCUUCAUGAGGACGAGAUCCACAGGAUGAGGACAUAUUAGCAACGAGCACUUAUACUGAACUGUCUCCAGCAUGGAGUUAGUCUGUCUUUUGAAUUUGCACCUGACAUUGUUUUACUUGACUUUUUUUUUAAAUUUCAUUCUAAGAGCACUGUUGGUGAUAUUGGUUCCCAGUUACGCAGUCGAAGCAGCUUGUUUUGUAUGAAGGUAUUUUUAUAAGAUUUUGAAACUGUAUUUUUGUAUUUGUCAUGUACAUGAAUGCAUGAAAACAAUCGUAAUCCUAUUUUACCAAAGAUUGAUUAGAAGUUUAAAGGAGUGACUUGACUUGGCACAUUGAGUGUAUCUCGUUUAGGUUUAGACAGCUUGUUAAUUAACUAUCCAGAUGGCAAAGCUACAAAGUUUUCACGCUUUAUUGAUUAAUUCACUUGAUGAAAAAGGUUAAUUAGUCUAUUCUAUUCUGUUAGUAUCAGCCAUUUAGCUCCCUUAUGCCUGCAUCUGUCAGUUCUUAGGGAAGCCAAAUGUUAAAGUCAACAAGGUCGACGUUAUAGCAAAAGAAACUUUAAGCUGAAGUUUAAGAGAUGGUCAACAGAUAAUUGAAGGUUACACUAAUUUGAUGUAUAUUUACUCCACUUGUGUGUUUUUUCACCAGUGUUUGCUGUCUGUUUAUCUAUGAUAGAUAGAUGCAGCCAGUCUAAUUGUUACAAGAGCUUGUAAAUACACCUGAGAUUAAGACCAUACACAAAAGGCAGCAUCACUUCGUAACAGUUCUGGGUCAAACAGUUUUUGCAAAUAAUUAAAUGCAUAAAUGUUUUCGAGCCACUUACACAAUAAAAUGAUAGCUGGAAGACUUACAAAAUAUUUUAUUUAUGAGGAAAACCGCAUCCAAACCAAUCCAAUAUGAAGGAAAUUUUUGCGAAUACUUUUCAGCCCUGAUUUGUCACAGUCCAUGUACAUUCUUAUUUCCUCAGGCACUGUAUAUUUUAAACCACUUAAAAAGCCUUAACUCUGCAGAAAAUGAACUUUCAAUGUCAUUCACCAGUAAAAAGGCGAAAGAUAUAUGUAUAUGUAAGUGACUGUGUGAGACGUAUUAGGGUGGAGAGGAGGUCAGAAAAGAGGGAGGGUAUAAUAAUAUGUAUUUUGGUUAAAGGUUGGAUAGUUUGACUUGUUUUUGAAAAAUAUAGGAUGUUCUUCCAUUUUUUUUUUCCUUCCUAGAUUAAUGUUUUGCUUCAGCCUUUCAUUGCACUAUACAGUAGGUAAUUGUUACAGAAAUAGUUCUUAAAAAAAGACACAUUUUUGAAAGUUUGAUCAAAACUUUAAUGACCCUACUUAUUUAAAUGUAAGGUUCAGCUUCCCUCACCACCCCGGUUAUUGUCACACAAUCACUAAUAGGGGUGUCACGAUUUAAAUCCUAAAUUUGAAAAUCGAUCAAAAUGAGCAUCCAGUUUCACUUAUCGAAAUCAGAAACAGGAUUAGCGUUUCCUCCCUGUAUGUUUUUAUCUCUCUCCAGCCUUUCCUACUUAACCUGCAUCAGAAGAAAAAACAACAAAACCCACCAAGAUAAGAAAUGCUAAUCCUGGCUGUUGAAGACUAAAGUGGCGUAUGGAAGGAAAGUGGAAUAGUUACCCCUCAGCUGAACGUUUGUCUGUGUAAGCAAGUUUCUGAACCACGUUUGUAGCAAAACAGGGAGGUGGCGAGUUAGAAAGUCAGAAAGUCGAGAACUUUUUGAUCAUAAGGUAACAUGAAGACCCAUCCAGCUGCAGGGACGCUACUCUGUGGUGGACCCUGACCUCUGACCUCGCUUCAUUUCAUUAUUAAAGUUGCAGUAAGAUACUGACACAACAUGGUACCCCACAUCUGCAUAAGCUCAGUUGUAAGGCCUUUUUACUCUCCUGUUUCUGACGUCCGUCCUAUUUAUUUUGUUCCUCUCGCCUUCUGUUUGAAAUGCUGUUGAAUGUGUUUUUUCUAUUGUUGUGAUGGGUUUUUUUUGCAAAGCACGGUGCUGUUUUUUCACGGCUGCUUGCACAAAACUGUUAACGAGUUUAUUAAUGUUAGAUUUAAAAAAAAAAAGGAAAAGUGUGUUUUUUGUUUGUACAGCGCUGAAACUAUGCAGAAGCUGAUCAAAGGCAGGACUGUUCUCAGUCAAAGCCGGGUCGGCUGUAUCCAGAUAUGAAGCCAUAUUAUUUACACUAGUUGAAAGUUCUCGACUGUUUUGGGACUUCAGACGUUUCCGGGGUAACCAAAGAGAAAGAGACAAACAUACUGAAGGAGCAGAGUGACCACUUUUUGUACUGAUUUCUUUUUUAUAUAUAUAUAUGUAUGUCUAUAUAUUUUUAAGUGCUCAUUUCAUUGUGUAAAAAAACUUUAUUUAUGUUUUGACAAUGUGUUGUAAAUGUGUUUUAUCAUAAACAACCUUCCCUUUUGCUAAUAAGAUGUUAUUUGGCCCGAGUGUUCGGCCAUUUUUUUUUUUAAUGAAUGCAAUACAUAUUUUAAGUGAAA